AUGGGCCUUAACGGUCUUCAUCUUCUGUGUCUCUUCUUGCUGUCUGGAGGGAUUCAACUUGCUCAAGGUAUGUGCCUCCUCCAAUUUUAUAAUAUUAAAAAAUGUUACCAUUCUUAUUUAAGAGUUUCAAACAGAAUUAAAGUUAACAAUUAAUGUGUUUUUGAAAUUUCAUAUUGCUUCCUUUAACAUAUGAUCGGGACUCAAGCAUUUUGAUUUCCGAUAAUUAAAGAAACUUUUGAGAUGUGGAACUUUUUUGUGACAAUGUGACAGCUGAAAUAGCCACAUGAUUUUAAAAAAAGCACUUAUUUGCAGAUUUAAAUCUUAGUAUACAAAAAAAUAGUCACAGGUCAUGUUAGUCCACAAGUGUAUCAAAGAAAAUCUUAAAUUAACAUCCAUGCAAAGAUCGCCCAAAGACUGUAAAGGAAUACAAAGUGCAACCCUCAAUGCUGAUUCAGACAUAAUCUAUUUCCUACGAUGAGUUUUAUUUUCCAAGGUCACAGGAAUGGUGAAGAAUUAACUAUCUUUUAAUGGCCAAUCACAUGUUUGAAGGUCCAAAUGCUGCACUAAGAGUGUGGCUGAAGCAGUCAUAAACAUAGUAACUCAUUUGUCAAGGAAACUGUAAAAUUCACUUUAUUUCUCAAUUAAGCAACCUGGACGCUUGACAUUUGAAAAUGUCUUCCAUUGAGUUUGAAUAAAACAAUAUCAGGAUGGGAACAAUCUAUUGGAUGAUGCUGAAUGACUUUACCUGUCCUUAAGUCUUGGUGUGGGAUUUUUUUUGCAGGAAGUUGUGGUAGUACAGAGUUUCAGUGCGAUAGUGGACAAUGCAUCGACAUAGCUUGGCGGUGUGAUGGGACAAAAGACUGCACCGAUGAUUCAGAUGAGAAGAACUGCCGUAAGUAUCACAAUCACAGGAAACCCAGACACUAUCAAGCGCUAACUCAAAAACCAAAUGUUGCACAUAAUUUGAGACCUUGAACUCUGUGAUAUGUUGGGAGGAUUUUGUGUGUCUUAAUAAAGCCCAAAGCACCAACUCAGCUCUAAUAUGUGAACACCAUUAAUGUAUGUUUUUAGCACCUCCACAAUGCACCUCACAAGAAUUCAAAUGUGUGACGAGUGGUGAAUGCAUCUCCUUGGGACUUGUCUGUGAUGGGGAGGAAAACUGUGAAGAUGGCUCAGAUGAACAAAGAACCUGCGGUAUGCACACUUGGCUGAUGGGGUCAGCCUUAUCUUAGAGAUGUGUUAACUAUCCUUGCCUAUGAACCAUUGGCUUGAGUAAUGCUAGCUGAAAAUUGGCUCCAAGUGUUUGGUCAUUUCCAUGUCACUCAGAUGCCCCUGCAGAGCUACACGUUAACCACUAGGUGGCCACACAAAACUACGAGAAGGACGCUAACAAAUAUAUUUCCAACUUUUUCGGUCAUAGUUUGAAUUUUGUCUAUCAAUUUAUCUGAAUUUUAGGCGAUAAACAAGUUUUGGCCAAUCUUAAUCAUUUGGCAAGAAAUUUUGUAUUCCUUUUAUAAGAUUAAUGACAUGUCAUUUAAACAUUUUUCACAAGCCCAAUCUCAUUGUCCUUGGAUUAGGUGGAAGGACUUGCAGUCCAGACCAGUUCUCCUGCCAGGAGGGUCAGUGUAUCCCGGGGAAAUACAGAUGUGACCAUGUGAAAGACUGUGUAGACAACUCAGAUGAGAACAACUGCAGUAAGAACAUUUUCAAACCCAUGGUGGUCUUUUUCAAAAGACAUAUUGACAGUCAGAAAUUCACAAAACAGAGAUAGACAGUCAGUUGUUUUGGUUCACCUUUGUGUUUGUGAAUUAUUAACAGGUUUAGGUAAUGAAAUUUAAAGUAACAAAAUAAGCCUGUGUAUUUUUGCAGACUAUCCACAGUGCACUGAGAAGACAUGUGCCAACGGAGCCUGUUACAACAACUCCCAGCGUUGCAAUGGACUACAGGACUGCAGAGAUGGCUCUGAUGAAUUUAACUGCAGUGAGUAAACAAGACAAAUAUGAGCCUUGAUUACUUUGUAGAUCUAAAGAAAUAUAAGGCUCUGAAAAUAGGGGUGCACCAUAAGAUUCUUUGUACAAUAUUCUACAAACAUCUGACAUUUGUUUUAAGCACACCAAUACAGACCAAAUAAAAAUAGUUUUUAUAAACAUAGAUUUUCAUGAUAAAGGAUAAUGUCUAAAAUAAAUUAUUUUCUAUUUAAGUACCAUUUGAACCAAAAACAUGGUAGUAUAAGGGGAGUUAGGUCAUAAUUAUUAGUAACUAUUUCCAUUAGCAAAUGUACCAUUUUUUUCAACCUUAAAAGGACAGCUACUUAAUUUGUUAUGCUGCUUGAUCAAUAUCAUCAAUCUUAUUCUUAAUGGUUGCAGUAGUGAUGGUUUUCAUCCCUGACGAUCAUCAGUUUAAGAAACUUUGUUUCUGUCAAAGUUUAGAUUCACUGACUAAAAUUCAGACAAAUUUAACUAUAGCUUUAUUUAAAGUUCAGAAACAGGCUGUAAUACUUUGAUUGGGCUGAGUAGGAAGUGAUAUCAUUUGCCAUGUUCAUUCACAGCAAAUCAACACUGUCCCAUCCACCAGUUUGAGUGUACGAAUGGUUACUGUAUCCCUCACGCCUUUGUGUGUGACCACUGGGAUGACUGUGGGGACAACAGUGAUGAACAAGACUGUGGUAAGCAUUACAAUAACACUGACAAGAGUUAACGCAGAUAUUUAUUCUACUCUUUAUUGAGAUAAGCUUCUCUUUAAAUCCUAAUGAUGGGUUAAAAUCAACAAUACAUGGCCUUUUUAAAAAUGAUUUGUGUUUUGUGUGUAUGGGUAUGCCUUUAUUUUGUAACACAGCCAUUAUAUGUAUUCAAUAAUAAAAAAGUAGUAAAUAACCGAUCAGAUAUUGAUUUUUUUGUUUAAUGUUAUUAAGUCUACCAGAGCUGUAGUGGCAGUGAGUUCACGUGCUCCAGUGGUCGUUGUAUUCCUCAGCGAUGGGUGUGUGACCAGUUCAACGACUGUGGGGACUACAGUGAUGAGCAAGGGUGUGGUAAGUGCAGCUACUUGAAAAUGAGAUUACAGGUAGUUUUAAAACUUUCAUAAGAGACUAUUGAAUUUAGAAAGUGGAGGAGAUUCAAUCAAAAUACACAAACAAGAAAGACUGAUACUGGUAUGGGUUAUACUGCAUAUCUGCUCGAUUAAACUUUACAUUUGAACACAGAAUAAUAAUUUUGUCAACUGUUUACACUUUAAAGUUAAUGCUUAGAUUCAGGGAUGCCAUCACUUUUUAAAAAAAUUUGUUAUAGAUAGUAACUCUCGAGACUGUUACCCUGGUGAGUGGGGAUGCCCAGGUUCAACACUGUGUAUACCAGUGGACAAAGUGUGUGAUGGCAAACCUGACUGUCCAGGAGGAACAGAUGAGACCAACUCCACAGCCCAGCAAACCUGCAGUAAGUUACAAACAACAAAAAAAUCUAUGUCAUCAGGAAACAAACCACUCCAAACCCAUGGAAAGGUUUCUUUGAGUUCUUUUUUGUCAUUUUGUCCUCAGUAGAAACAGCCUUAUCACAGUAAAAACACAGUUAUAGUAGGAUAAAUGUUGACUGAGUGAGAUAGUUCAGUUCAAGUGUGGAGCAUAACCACUUAUGAACUUCUAUUCAUGAGGCUAUAAAUGGAGGUACAAGGGUUUGGGACUUUAUUGUGAGUAAAUGUUUCUCAGAAAUCAGCUGUUGCUACUGAAAUGAUUACAGCUCCCCCUUUCCUUAUCACUUUCUUCACACAAACUUGGUUUAAGAUUAACUUUUUUCUGCCUGUCAGUGGACUAAUGGUCUCCAGAAUCACUUAAUGACGGCCACAAAACUGCUCUGAUUCCAGGGAGGCUCUGGCAGACAAAACUGUGUAGAUUAAAAUUCUAUUUAAAAGUUUGUGUUGAUGACUUUUUAUUUGCUUACAGGCCUGGAUCGGUGCUCCAGCUUGAGUUGUGAGUAUCUCUGUCAUCAGUCUCCUCAAGGAGGCACUUGCUACUGCCCAGAUGGCUUUAUUAUAGCCAAUGACAGUCGCACCUGUGUUGGUGAGUCCUCGAAAGUUUCAUGAGAAGCCAUUUGAGUCAUUUCUUGUGUAACUAGUCAGCUUUGACAGUGUAGCUCCCUCUAAAGGCAGUUUUUUUUCCCUGUUUCUUAGACUUUGACGACUGUCAGAUCUGGGGAAUCUGUGACCAGCUGUGUGAAGAUCGUCCUGGGACACACCACUGUAGCUGUGCUAAUGGAUACUACUUGGAGCAUGGUCAUGUCUGCAAAGCCAAUGUCUCAGGUACAGGGAGUCACACACCUCUCAGUAGCUGCUGCACACUGCUGAACAGAUAAUCCUCAGAAAGACCCUCAGAUAAAUGUCUGCCUUUCUGGCACUUUUAGAUACCAAAAAGGUCCAAAUAAGUCGAUUUCAAAUCCAGUUUGUACCUCUGUCAAUGUGAUAAUAUUUUAUUCAACACAAAAAAAUUAACUUAACAACUCUGUGUUUUUUCAAGGCGGAUUGCCUCAGCUCAUCUACACAAACGGAGGGGAUGUGAUGAUUGGGGACAUACACGGGCGUUUUGUAAGAACUCUGGUACCGUCGCAGGGAAAAGGUUAUUCUGUAGGGGUGGCAUACCACUUGCGCAGCGAUAAAGUCUUCUGGAGUGAUACAUAUACCAAAAAGGUCAGUUUGGGUCUAGACAUUUAUGAUGUUUGUUUUUUGCCUUGUUGAUCUUCUUUCUUUCCUAUGCCUGUAUUUGAGUCUCCAUGAAAAUUCCAGCAAUAUAGAAUCAUUCAUUUCACUUCCAGGUUUACUCUGCAAACUACAAUGGGGAUAACAUUAAGGAAAUUCUGACAACUGCAGUCCACAAUGUCCAGAACCUCGCAGUGGACUGGAUCAACUUCAAACUUUAUGUCCUUGAAGCCAUGGUGGAGCGCAUUGAUGCGUGUGACUAUGAUGGAGGGAAUCGGGUCACACUGGUGGCUGAAAAUCUGCAUACUCCUCAUGGGCUGGCCCUGGACCCUACUGUGGGGUGGGUUAAGAUGUUUUAUCCUCAGUGUUUUAGGAAUAUUGAAGAAUGGGCCUUUCCAGCUUUGGUCUUAGUUGAUGUCAUCAGAUUUUUAAGAUUUGCUUAUCACUAAAAUAACUUCACUAUUGCAGAAGUUUCUCUAUCUUCUUACCCAGGUUUUACUUUGCUCAUGUCUAAGUUUUGUUUGUUUGCAGCUACAUGUUUUUCACAGACGUGGGCCUUGCCAGUGAGCAUAUGAAGCUUGAACGGGCCUUCAUGGAUGGCAGCAAUCGUAUAGAGCUAGUGAAGAACAGACUUGGCGCUCCAACAGGAAUCACCCUGGAUAUUGUCACGAAGAGGGUCUACUGGUCUGACAGCCACUUUGACACUGUGGAGACUGUCACUUACACGGGUUUGGACAGGUAAAAGCUGUGUUGCUGUUCUUGUUGUUGUUGUUGUCAUUAUAUGUCCCAAUACUGUCUACACACAUGGUGCUGAGCAUUGAUAUGAAUGCAAUUGAAUUUUCUGAUCUUAACUCCUAACAAAAAAGAUAUUUUUGUAUGAAACAACUAGUUUGUAAUUAAAUAUCAUAAGAUGACUGCUGUAAACAGGUUUUAUUUUAGAGCGAAGAAGCCAAUUUUAGCCAAUUUAGAGAAUAGACUUUAUUUGUCAUUUCAAAAAGCAAUGAAAUUUCGUUAUGCCAUCCUGAAUGCAAAAAACAAAAACAAGUACAACAAUACAUACAUAUGACAGUAUUCAUCCAUGUUAAAAGACAUAAAGACGUUGAUCAACAUUACUCCCAUAUUGCACUGUUAAUAAAUAAAUAAAUAAAUGAAUAAUGAAUAGAAUGAAUAGAGGGUUACAUUAUUGCAUUUAUUGGCCUGACAUUAAGUUCAGUUAUGGCUCUGUGAAAGAAACUGUUUUUGAGUCUGGAGGUGCGGGCUCUGAGCACCCUAUAGCGCCUCCCAGAGGGUAGCAGAGAGAACAGGUGAUGACUGGGGUGGCUGGGGUCUCUGAGGAUCUUGGUAGUGGUGUGUCGGCAGCGUGUCCUGAAAGUUUUUCCAAUGGGGGCAGACUGAGUCCAAUGAUCUUUUCGGCACUUCUAAUGACUCGUGUCAGACUUUUCCGGUCUGCCUCUGUGCAGUUGACAUACCAAGAUGUUAAACAGUACGUCAGGACACUGUAUGGAGCGGAGGUAAAAGGCUCUGAGCAGCUCAGCAGGCAGGUGGUUUUUCCUUAGUACCCAAUCAAUUGGAUGAUAGUAUCCAAUUUAUUGUGUGACAGGAGCAAAAAGCAGUUCAGUGUAAGAGGAGAUUCAAGCAAAAUAUGAGCAAUAUGUUUUUUUUAUGAUUCAUUUUAAGAUAUUUUUAAGUUGAAUUUGGUAAAUUCAAGGUUAAGCAAAUAUUUUUUAAAAGUCUGUUAUUAUAAAACUGCAUGGCAGAUACAGGAGGGAAAGGGAGGUCAUGUACAGAGCUGUAUGUGCUUAUUCCAUAUGACAUUGAUAACAAUCAUAUCACAUUGAUGCAGAUUUCAUAGUGCGUGAUGUUAAAAAGUACAUUUUUAUGAAAUAGUUAUUACUCCUCCGAAAGAGGAUUGAAGUGGUAUCACAAAAUCCUAAAACUAUGUAAAGAAACCUUUUAAGAUGUUUAUUGCCAACUGUCAUCAAUUCACAGAAAAAUUGUCCUUAAUGGUGGGACCCAGGCCCCUCAUCCCUAUGGAAUGACAGUAUUUGAAAACCACGUUUUCUUCACUGAUUGGACAAAGAUGGGUGUGAUAAGAGCCAACCGCUUCAAUGGCAGCAACCCGUCACUCCUCUAUCGGACAGCAAAACGGCCGGGCCAUGUUGUUGUUUCACAUCCUGUCUUACAACCUGUUGGUAAGGAUGAGCUGAAUAAAGACCUGCAUUUUGAAAUACUGGAAUUUAAGCACAACAAACCCCCUUCUCUCAUUUGAACUCCUCUUUCUUGUCCCACAGUGAUGAACCCAUGUGGAAGGCACAAUGGUGGCUGUCAGCACAUUUGUGUUUUGAGUCAUCGCACUGACAAUGAUGGUUUGGGCUACCGCUGCAAAUGUCGCCACGGCUACGACUUGCAGCCUGAUCGUCAGACCUGCUUUAGUGAGUAUCAUAUUAGGGCGUCACGAGUUGAUCAGAAUUGGAGUCUUAUUGAGCUCACAUCAUUGUCUGAGUUAUGCUCUAGAGUGCGUCUGAAACAAGCCGUGACAUUUGCCCUACUCUAAACACAUUUUCUAAAUAUUUCACGAAUUGAUUGUUUGAUUUUAAACCUGUGAUGUUAGGAUUUUUGUUUUAAUCUCAGUGUUUGCAGUUUUAUGGAGUAUAAGAGCUUACCCUUAUCAAACUGAUGUGAUGCAAUAACUAUGUAAUAUGUGAUUUAAAUGAUUUAAAUUCACACUUAAAAUUUUCAUUGUUAGAUUUUAUUACUUGUAUCUAUGUUUGUGAUAGAUUUGCAGUGCUAAGGACCCACUUUCACUUUGACUUUUGAUAAACAUCAGUAUUAGCUAGCCCAACUCUUGAAUUUUUUUGUGAUAAUUAGUGUGGACAGGCAUGUCUUUAAUGUUUGGUCUGGUCUUAGCUUAUUUUAGUUUGAUAAUGGCUGGUUAUGGAAAUGUGUUUAAAUAAACACUAAGACCCACUCUCUGAACAGAGCUAAAGGACUACAUGCUGCUGGCCACCUCUCUUGGAGUGAGAGGGAUCCCACUAAAUCUGUCACUCCAGGAGGACGUUACCCUGCCUCUGUCAGGGCUUGGCUCAUCCUUCUCUGGAUCUGCUGUGGAGUUUGAUGGCAAUGAGGAGGCUAUUUUCUACAAUGACAGGUCCAGAGGCCUGGUGUAUAAGUCCAACCUCAAUGGCACUGGUGAAUCUUUAUUAUACUUGAUGUAAAAUGCGCUGCCUAUGUUUGUUUGCAAGGAAGUUUGCUACUCUACAGUCAAGUCAUAUACUCUACUCUUAAUCCUGUGUCAUACAGCACCCUAUAUUGACUGUCUUUUUGUAUUCUCAGUCCAAGAGAUCUUAACUGGCUCCAGAGUGGGAACGAUCGAUGCUAUGGCCUACGACUGGACUUCUAAAGUCUUGUUCUGGACAGCAAUCACCUAUAAGUCAGUGGUGGCCUUCAAGGUCACAGACAAGUCCAGACGGGACAUUGUGACGGGGCUGAGAAACCCUAAAGGAAUUGCAGUGAGUCCUGGUUCUGGGUGAGUGUCCUGACUUAUCAGAGUAAGACAUUGAAUGCACUACAGUAUUUCAGUAAAUUCAAUUUCAUUGUGCCUUUCAUUGUGGAGCGAAAAAGUCUUGAAGUGUGACACAUGCCUGUCUUUCAGUGUAAAUUGACAUCAAGGUGAACUCAUUUGAACUGAAAUAAACAGAUCAGUUGUCUCUUAUGUUCAUCCACAGUUACUUAUUCUGGUCUGACUGGUACCGCCCAGCUGUUAUAAUGAGAGGCUUCACUGAUGGCAGCAAUGCUGUUCCUCUGGUCAACACCACACUAGGAUGGCCAUAUGGACUUGCUGUUGACUAUGUGUAAGUACAGCAAGCAUUAAAAGGCCAAAAAAGUCUUUUAAGUCAACAACAUAAAUGAAAUAAUAAAGACUAUAAAAAAUAACUGUUGUUUAGACUGCAGUAUUUUUAAUAGUUAGUGGGUUUCCUCAACAGAAUGAACCGGCUGUACUGGGUGGAUGCCCUGUUGGAUCAGAUUGGUCACAUUGGUUUUGAAGGAAAUGACAGACAGACAUUCAGCAAUAUUGGACAGAUCACAUCUCCCUACUCUUUGACAGUUUAUACAGGUGGGUUUUUUAGCUUUUUGAUGUUCACCAUCCAUUUUGAAAUAAAAAAAAAAAAAAAAAACCCUUUUGUAUGAAAGUGUGGAAAUUUAUAAAGCUUUUAUAUAUAAUUAUUCUCAGAUCAGACAAGAGAACCACAGUACAAGUUUGCAUUCUUUGAUUACAGAUUUCUUUGCUAUAGAUGAACAUUUACCUAGAUUUACACGUGUAGGCUGUAGUCUUUAAAAAUGCUGAUCAACCUGUUUAUGUUUGUAGACUACCUUUAUGUUGCUGACACCAGGACCAGAGCAAUAUUUGAGAUGAGAAAGCGAGAUGGGGGAGGAAACAUCAUGGUCAGACAAGGAAUAACUGGCAUCAUGAAUCUCAAGGCUUACACAGCCGAUCUCCACAGCAGUAAGUACACACACUGUGAGGCUUUGGAGUCAACAUGUCAGCUAAGUAUCAAUUAAACCAGACAAAAGUAAUCCAGAAACUUGAUAACUGUUCUUUUUUUCUUCUUCCUGACAGCGUUCAAAAGCAAGUGCAAUACUAUCCCGAACGGGCACUGCAGCCACUUCUGUUUUCCUACUCCAUCCUUCAACCGGGUGUGUGGCUGUCCAUAUGGCAUGAAACUCCAGGACAACGGGCGGGACUGCAUCAAGGAUGAUUCAGUUCCUCCGCCUGACAACUGUGGAGACUUAUCCUUUGAGUGUGAUGGAGGGCGCUGUAGACCAAAUUCUUACCGCUGUGAUGGAAUCAUUGAUUGUGUGGAUCAGACAGAUGAGGCCAACUGCACAGAUACAGGUGAAUGUCUGAGAAAAUAUGUGCUUCAGGAGCAUCAGAGUACAUUAUACGCAUUUAUUUUAUUUCUCCAUCAUCUGAUGUUCUCAUAUACCAGGGGCGACCUGCUCAUCUUACGCAUUCACCUGCAACAACAAGCACUGCAUUCGGAACAGUUGGCGCUGUGACGGUAUGGAUGACUGCGGUGACGGUUCAGAUGAGGUGAACUGUCCCACUCGUCGCCCUACCACCUGUGCUGCAAAUUCCUUCACCUGCGAUAACCACAAGUGUAUCUCUAAAGAGUGGGUCUGUGACGGUGACAACGACUGCGGGGACGGCUCUGACGAACACAACUGCAGUAAGAAUGAUGUCUCCCUCUGUUUUAACUCAUUCGCCCAACUUUUUUAAAUAACAAAAUUAUGGUGAGUUGAUUUAACAAGUAAAAGCUGGAUUUGUAAUUGACAGAUUCGACCAUUACCACAUGUCCUCCGAACUACUUCCUAUGUCCUGACCACCGCUGCAUCUACAGCUCUUAUGUGUGCGAUGGAGACCAGGACUGCUUGGAUGGAGAGGAUGAAGCGAACUGUGGUAAAAACCACUGAGACAACACACUUUGUUGUGCUUUUUCUCUAAUGUUUCAAUUCCGAUAUAGCAAGCCCUUAUUGGGGCAAAAGAUGACUGUAAAGAAUGGAAACAAGUUUAGUUUAUGUGCUCACAUGGUAUUCCUUCUUGACUUUUUCUUCAGAGUUCAACUGUGCCUCCUACGAGUUUGCCUGUGCCAGUGGAGACCAAUGUGUCAGCUCAAAUUAUCAGUGUGAUGGCGUCUUUGACUGCAGGGAUCAUUCAGAUGAACGAGACUGUCGUAAGCAAACCCACACUCUCUCAAGAGCUACAAAGGAAUAAUUUCAUUUUAACAUUAGAAAAAAAAGUUAUUUUAGUCAGCGAUGGAUCAGACAGAAAAUGUACACCCCCACAGAUCAAUAGCUGAUCAAUCAAUGUUUUUAAGCUGGUGAGCCCCUAAGUUUCCAACUGUCUGACACACUUCCAGCCACUCGGGGUCCAGGUCUGUGUCACGACAAUGAGUUCCAGUGCCAGAUUGAUGGUUUCUGCAUACCAGAGACAUGGGAGUGCGAUGGCCAUCCAGACUGUGAGGACGGAUCGGAUGAACACAACUCCUGCCCGCCUGUCACCUGCAGAUCAAACUAUUUCCAGUGCGCCAACAAGAUUUGCAUCCCAAUGGGUUGGUUGUGUGAUGGUGACAAUGACUGCCGGGACAUGAGUGAUGAACAGAACUGCCCCACCCCUCCAUUUAGUUGUCCCUCAGGACAGUGGUUGUGUCCCACCGACCAGGUGUGCAUCACACUGGACAAGGUGUGCAAUGGUCAGAGAGACUGCCCCAAUGGUGCUGAUGAGUCACCUAUCUGCAGUGAGUUUUAAAGUUGUCAUCAUAUGUUACAAGUCCUUCUAAUCAAGUGCAUUAGCUGGUAGUUAUUACUGCAUAUUGAACUAAAAAGACAUUUGACAACUUAAGAAAUAUACAAUCAUUGCAGUUUGAGUAUUAUUUAUAAGAUGUAAGCUAGCAGAUAGUUAGCACAAAUAAAGCAAACUUAAUGUAAGAGAAUAUAGAAAUAAAAUAUCCAGAUCAACUCUAUUGUAGAGUAGAAAAGAAAUCCAAUCAAAUGUAAAAAAAAAAACAAAACUGCAAUCUAACAAUGACUUUAACUCACUGUCUUAAAAUUUCCUAAAAGACCAGGAUGACUGUGCACUGAACAACGGUGGCUGCAGUGACGGCUGCGUCCAAGGACCAUUCGGGGCCCAGUGCACCUGUCCAUCAGGAUAUCAGCUCCUCAAUGACUCAAAGACCUGUGAUGACAUCAAUGAAUGUCUGAUCCCAGGUUUCUGUAGUCAGCAGUGCUACAACGAGAGAGGAACUUUCCGGUGCUACUGCUCACAUGGUUACCUUCUGGAGCCUGAUGGUCGCACCUGCAAAGCCACAGGUAAAACAUCAUAUUAAAGAUAAAGCAGCUAUUGGACUGUGCCAAAUUGAAAAAUAGAUUUUACCAGGAAGUUUUUCUGCCCUUAGACCAACUUGCAGCAGUACUACUGGUCGCCAAGCGCAGCCAGAUCAUUGCCAACAAAAUCAACAUUAGGCCACCCCAGAUGCAUCCAGUGAUCAGUGGUUCAAGCAUUGUGACCGUAGACUUUGACCGCAUAACCUCCAGAAUCUACUGGGCUGAUGUCUCACAGAAGAAGAUAUGGAGCUCCUUUCAGAAUGGCACAGACAAAAAACAAGUAAGAGAAUAAUAACCAAGUAUGGAUAAAGCAAGAGGUUAAAAUGAAAAUUGUCCAAAAGGUGAAAUGAAGGAUUCAUGAGCACAGGAAACUGAAUCAAACUUUUUGAUAGUAUAAGUUGAACCUGAUCAUGUUGUUUCAGGUGUUCUCCUCUGGACUGAUGGUACCAGAGAGUAUAGCUGUGGACUGGGUGGGACGGAACCUUUACUGGACUGACUCUGUCAUGGAGAACAUCGAGGUCUCCACUCUGGACGGCCGCUUUCGGAAAGUCCUCCUCUCCAAGAAUGUUACAAGCCCCCGUGGAUUGGUGCUGGACCCUCGCAACUAGUAAGAAGAGAAAGUGAAGAAGGCUGUCUUCUUUUUUUUUUCUCAUCUUUAUGUGCAGCCAAAUUAGAUCUUUUAGUUUAUCAAACCUUUUAUAAGAUGUCCUCACCAGACUAUCAUUCACCCCAGCACCUACCUGAUGUUCUGGUCGGACUGGGGCCAGAAUCCCCGGAUUGAGCGCGCUGAUAUGGAUGGCAACAUGAGACAAGUCAUUGUCAGCACAAAGCUCUACUGGCCCAAUGGUCUGGCUUUGGACUACACCACACGCAGGGUCUACUUUGCCGACGCCUACCUCAAAUACAUAGACUACUGUGACUAUGACGGAAACAACCGCUAUCAGGUCAUGGCAAGUGACAUGGUAUGUUAACUUUGAUUCUUCUAUUUUUGGAGGGAAAUGAGCUAUUUUACUAAUGAUGGCAUGAAACAAAAAAAAAUCCUGAAAAUCUCUGGGUUCAUGGGAUCAGCUGGAUAGGAAGAAAUUUUGAGUCCUUAGCAGAUUCAUAGGAAAGCUCAGACUUAUAAUUAGUGUAGAAUAAUAGUAAUGAAAAUAUAAUCACAAGAACAAUCACCCCAUGGCAGCUACAGUAGCCUUCUAGGGACAUAUGGUUAUAAACAACAAAAACAGAUACCAUUGAAAGUCUGUUGCAGUGUUGGGCUUCAGACCUGGUCUUUAUUUGAGGAUUUAUGUAUCAGCCUUGUACCCCUUACUCACACCAGGUUCUCCAGCACCCACAUGGUAUGACCAUCUUUGAGGACAGCAUCUAUUGGUCAGAGCGUUACACCAGUAAAGUUAUGAGGACCAACAAGUUCCAUGGAGGCAACAUCACCACUCUGAUGAGUAACGUGUACCAGCCCAUGGGUAUUGUGAUGGACCAUCCUAUCAAACAACCAGCAGGUGAGCAGAGAGUCUGGCAUUUAAGUCUUAUUUAAACAAACACAUGCAUACAUAAAUCAAUAAAUAUUUCUUAUGGCAUUUCUGUUAAAUCAAAAGCCUGUCUUACCAAAGCAUGUGCCCCACACCACACACACACACACACACACACACACACACACACACACACAUAUAUAUAUAUAUAUAUAUAUAUAUAUAUAUAUAUAUAUAUAUAUAUAUAAUUUAUUUAUGAUUUAGUCCAACCAUGCAUGAAUGCCAUUUUUUUUUUAAGUUUUAUUUUUAUGGCUAUUUUUAUCCUAAAUGUGAGAUGUGAGGUGUUAAUCAACAGCUUUGCUGACAAGUGCCACAGGUGUAUACAUAAGCAAAGUAUUUAAAGAAGGCACUUACAAACUAACAGAGUCCAGGCCCUUUCUGCAACUGUGUGACUUACUUCAAAACAACACAAGCAUUUGUUCUGCUGUCGACUACACUGAUCCAAAGAAACUUGAUGUCGUACAGUUUGAUUUAUUUUCUCUUGGUUUGAAUUUAGCCAUAAACCCAUGCAGAGAGCAUCUGUGCACUCAGCUGUGCCUGCUGGCGAACCUGAGACCCCGGUACUACACUUGCCACUGUCAGUCUGGUUGGAAGUUAGAUGCUGAUAAACGUACCUGUAUCAAAGGUUGGUAUUUUAAGCAAGAUUUAAAUAUGUGAAAAAGCGUUUACACACAAGCCACAUGGUGAGACUCUGCGUACGGAUUUGUGAGUCUUGUGUUAUUUUCUUACAGAUGAGACUCCUUUCUUGAUGGUGGUGAGAGAUUCAGUGAUUUUUGGGAUUCCUCUGGAUCCUGCUGAUCCCUCCAACAAUGCAAUGGCUCCUGUGUCUGGCAUCAGCCAGGGGCGAGACAUCGACUUUGAUGACCAGCAGCAGCUUGUCUAUUGGGUGCAGAGCUCAGUGAGUGGAGCUAUUAAAUUGAAUUUCUAGAUAUUAUUUAUAAUAUGUGAUAAAUUAGUGGAUUGUUCAAGAACAAGAAUUGUCAGGAUGCUAAAAAAAGUAAAUGAUCUUGACAGCAUAUUGUGAGAAAGCGUGGCCAAUUAAUGUAUGACUUUCCCCCCGUUACCUGUAGUAUUUUGUUCAUUUUUUAUGAUUUACUUGUGCAGCUGUUGGGCUUAUUAUUUCUUAUUAUUUUACUCUCACAUCAGGGGUCGAUAUGGCAAGUGAAAACCAGCGGUACCAACAGAUCUGAGUUUGCUCCAGCUGCUUUUAUGGGCUCGCCGUCUGGUCUUGCUUUUGACUGGAUAAGCCGGAUAAUGUAUUACACAAAUCCCAUUGGUAAAUCCAUAGAAGUAAGUGACAUUCAUUGAUUAAAACUAGCCUCAAACAAACCUGGACAAAAACCUCUAAACCAACAUUUAGCAUCUAACAUUUCUUUCUUGUGUUUUGAAUUUCAUGUGUGUCCAUUUGUCUGUGGUUUUCUGUUUUAACUCUGUUAUUGUGCAGUGACCAAACCAAACUUUACACUUGACUCAGGUUAUCCGUGUGGACGGGAAUCAGCACUACAGAAAGACCCUCAUCACCUCCAAUGGUAAACCAGAGGGGGUAGGUGAGCCUUUGGGAAUAACUGUGGAUCCAGCUCGAGGGUAAACCACCAUCUCUUUACUCACAAGAACAAAGUUAUGGAGUAAAAUCUGAUUUACUUUAAAUUAAAAAAAAAAAUUUCACAUACUCUAACAUUUCUAUACAAAGUGUAAAUUAUCCUCUCUUACAAACAACCUGAUGUGACUGAUGACUUACAUGGAAAUAUACACAUUUUAACUCUUUCCUCUACAAGGAAACUGUUUUGGACAGACAAGGGAUCAGACAAUGGCAUUCCUCCAAAGGUUGGCAGCGCUGACAUGGAUGGAGGAAACCUUCGAAACCUCUAUACUGGCAACCUGGCUAAUAUAGGAUACAUCACUGCUGAUAUUUCUACCGCAAAACUGUACUGGGGUGUGGCUGGCAAAGGGGUGGUAUGUACUUGUAAUACAGUUAUACAACAUAAAUCUUUAUCUUAAUUGUUCUUAAUGAGCUACAGCUCAUAGCACACCAUAACCAGGUCUGAAUAUGCUUUCCUGAUAGUCAAUCAUGAACCUUAUCUAACUACUUUUAAUAAUCUCUUCCUCUUUUGUUGGUCCAGAUUGAGAGUGGCACUAUGGAUGGGGUGAGCAGGGUGACUGUAGUGAGUGGCCUCUCACAUCCAUGGGGGCUUACAAUCCACCAGAACCACCUCUACUACACCGACAUGGACUAUGAGGUCAUUGAAAGGGUGGAUAAAGAAAACGGUGCCAAUAUGGUGGUGAUGAGGAGUAGCAUGUCAGGCCUGCGAGCUCUCAAAGUGCACGCCAGAGACAGUACGUAGAUUUUUUUGUUUGUUUGUUUAUGUGGCUGUGAGACUCUUGCUCUUGGGCUUUUUGUUUUCAUGCAGGCUGGUUCAUUAUGCAGCUGGUGAUUACUGCCUGUGAGAGAGAAAGUGGGGUUUUGUUUUCUUCUUUAGGACAGCACACAGCUGAAUUGAGCACCACUUGUAUUGCAUUAUUCAAUUUAGCUUUCGAAAGGACACUCGAGAAACCCAAACGUCUCUCAGCUACUGUCUUUUUGUAAUAAAAUAAUAAAUGUACAAUUUUUUAAAAUAAUACAUGAUUACAUCAACUCUCAAAAAGGUCACAACACCUUUUGAGCACAAUUACCCACUGUCAUGAAAAUGUGUCUCUCGCUAGAGUUUAUUUUUAUUGUGAACAGCAAAUGAAUGGGAUACAGAUCUUUUACAUACUACUCUGCUGUGUCAAAUGAAAUAUAACAUAAACUUUAUAUAUACUCUGUGUUUAAGCCUAUUUCAAAAUCAACAGCUAAAUUAAAAACAGUUAAAAUGUGCAUUUCAGUACAAAACUAAUAAAAUUAACUUGAUAAAAUAAAUAUAGUACCAAGAUCAGUUUUUCCCGUAAUGCUCACUUGUCUCUUGUCUCCCUUCUCAGACUCGGCCGGGACCACCAACGCCUGUAGCUCUAACAACGGAGGUUGUCCGCACCUCUGUCUGCCAAAACCCAGCAAUCAGAAGACGUGUGCCUGCACCACUGGCUUCCACCCCUCUCAAGAUGGCACCCGCUGUGAACAGUUUGAAUCCUUUGCAAUCAUCUCCACGCCCAAGUACAUCCGUGGUUUCCACAUAAACAGCUCAGACCACUCUGAGGCUAUGGUGCCUGUUGGUGGAUGUAUGCAGACUUUUGAGUCUCUUCUUGAUUUUGAUGCUUAAGAUUCUACAUUUUUGGUGUCUACAAAUGUGUUUUGUAUUGCAGCAUCCAUUUAUAAAGACAAGCUGGACCUCCACAUUCCAUCUGGUUUUGUGUACUGGACAGACAACAGUAGCUCCACCACAUACAGAGGCAUCUUCAGGGCUAAAACAGAUGGAGGGUCCUACAGCCGUGUCAUCAGCUCAGGUGUUGGAAGAAGAGGCAUUCAGGGCAUUGCUGUAGACUGGAUUGCAGGUAUGGAUCCACUCAUCCAUAUAUUUUCUUUGCAGGUGUGCUCCAGGAGUAUGAUUAUUACCUGGUCCCUGAAACAUGCUUAAAAAAAAUUAUUUUGAUGCUUAAAUAUUACACGAUUCAACCCCACUGUGACAUCGUUAAGCAUUAUGGCUCUGCAUUUUUGUCUUUCCCAUCACUUUAGGUAACUUGUACUUCACUAAUGCCUUUGAGAGUGAGACCUAUCUGGAGGUGCUUGCUAUCAACACCACCUACAGGAUGAUUCUCCUGAAGUCCACUGGGGACCAGCCCCGUGACGUGGCUGUCAGUCCCAAGCUUCGCUACCUCUUCUGGACUGAUGGCGGCCAAACACCGAAGAUUGAGCGUGCCCUGCUUGACGGCACAAACCGCUCUGUGUUGGCAUCAGAGAGCCUGGCGUCACCUCGUGGCCUCACCAUAGAUUACACCAAUGAUUUUCUCUACUGGACCGAUGAUGUGCUUGAUAUGAUCUCCAGGAUGGCCCCAGACGGCACCCAGAGGCAGAUUAUUCGAUACGGGAGUCGCUAUCCUUCACCUGUAGGCAUGGCCAUACUUGGUAGAUACAUGCUGUGGGUGGAUAAAAAGCUUGGGAAGCUCUUCCAGGCCAGCAAGGACCCAAACGGUGCAGACCAGCCAGAGGUUAGAGAAAAAGUCACAGUUUAAGUAGUCAUAUGAUGGUUAAUGAGAAACUACAAUAGGCAUCAAAAUGACUUGUCUUUCAUACAUGUCAACUGUGUAACAUCUGUACAACAACCUCUGUAAACAGCUGCAGCAAAAAAUGUUUUAUUAUUGAUAAAUUAUUGAUUAAUAAUUCUAUAAAAUGCUAUUGAGUCCAGAGAAGAAUUGCUUUCAGAUGAGCAUAUUGUGGAAGAUGUGAAACACACAAAAGCAAAGAAUCCAAGAUAAUAUUAGCCACUUUAGCAAGAAACAUGCCUGAUACAAGUCAUCAAGUAAUUGCUUCAGCCCUGAUUAUUAUCAUCAUGUAAUCUGACCUUGGCUGAUGAUGCACUUGAUGAUGCCAUCUACAAUCAUGAAGUAAACAGAUGGCUGGCGGGCAGUAAAUAGCACUGAGGUUUAAUGCAGUGUAUUUUUUUUUUUUUUCAAUUUGCAUCAGGUAAUUCGAGACAAUCUUGAUGGUCUGACGGAUGUCACCAUCUUUGAUGCCCAUGUUCAGCCCACAUCUGCCAACCAGGUGGGUUUUAACCCAUGUCAGGAAGAUAAUGGACGCUGCCAGCAGCUCUGUUUUGCCAUUCCUGGCCAGGAGGCACCAAAAUGCGGUUGUGCGCACGGAUCUCUUCUGAGUAACGGGGUAACAUGUGGUUAUGGCCAGGAUGAGUUUCUGGUUUUUACAACAGACUACACGUUGAAUAGUAUGAGGUUGGACCCCACUGAUCACAGCACUCCAUAUCCAACGGUUACUCUUGGCUACAACGUGGUGGCUCUGGAUUAUGAUUUCAAAGACAAACGGAUUUUCUUCACUCAGUACACUGGAAUCGGCCGGAGCAGGAUAGGCUACAUCACCACCACUUCUGCCACCAGUCCACCUGUCAUAAUCGCCACAAGUAAGACUGACUUAAUUUUGUCUCUGUGGCAUCUUAUCUUGUAAUUUUUGUCUUCCUUUACUCAACAGGUUUCAUUUUCAGAUUUUUAUUGUGAUCUUCUCUUGACCUCAGUGUCUCUUAUUUUUGAAUCCUCUCUUCUGUGUCACUCUGCUCAGAUUUGGAUGACCCAGAGGGAUUGGCAUAUGACUGGAUCAACAAGCGUCUUUACUUUACUGACUACUACAAGCGCAAUGUCCAGGCCAUGGGAGUGAACGGGCUGAACCGUUCCAUCAUCGCACAUGGAAACCGUCCCAGAGGCAUUGUGGUUGACCCCUGCUAUGGGUAAAAGUUACAGAAUAGGUUCUCUUGUAAUUUGGACAAAGUUGGAUACAAAAUUUGGUUUAUUAAAUGAUCUCUUUUCCCAGUUACCUGUACUGGACCGACUGGGCCUCCCCUGCUAAGAUCGAGAGAGCAACUUUGGGUGGAAAUUUCCGGACCCCCAUCAUCAACACCAGCCUCACAAUGCCCAAUGGCCUGUCUCUGGACUAUGAGGAAAGGAUGCUCUACUGGGCUGACUCCACAUUGUAUGUCAAGUUGUUUCAUUCAUUUCUGUAUAUUCCAUUAUGCCUACAUUUUUUUUAAUUUCUCCUCUCUUCCCCUGUUUUUUUUUUUUUUUGCAGAGAUAAGAUUGAGCGUUCCACUCUGACGGGAGCAAACAGACAAGUAAUUGUGCAAGGUGCUAUAUACCCGUUUGCCCUGACUGUCUUCCAGCAGGAUGUCUUCUGGACUGACUGGACUGAGAGAGGCGUCUUUAGAGCUGGGAAGGAUGAUGGCUCUGGCUUUGCAGUGCUAUCCCAAGACAUGCAGUACCGACCGAAUGGCAUCCAUGUUUAUGCCGCCUCUAAGCAGGAGAGCUGCUCCAGCUCCUGUCAGCAGUUUAAUGGAGGGUGCAGCCAUGUCUGUGUUCCUGGUAAAUGCAGACUUUUGCUCAUUAUAUUUUGGUGCCCUGAGCUGUAUUUGAGACUUCUUGGUACUGUUUAAAUUAUCAGUAAGAUAAAAAUGCAAGAAAAAUAUCUCCCAGCAAAGUAAGACGAAGGUUUGUAGCCACUAGAACUUUCUUUAAGAUUGUAGAGCAAGUGGAGAAAGUUUGACUUUUCAUAACAACACAAAAGACACACAGAACUAUUAAUUAAUGAGACACCUUAUCUCUCUGUUCCUUUUCAUUUUUUUUAUGCCUCCACCUCCUAUAAUCCCUCCUGCAGGUCCAUUGGGUCCUGAGUGUCAGUGCCCUCAUCAGGGGAACUGGUACCUGGCUAACAACGGCAAAGACUGCAUCCAAGACAAGGGGAAACGCUGUGAGCCUGAACAGUUUACUUGUCUCAAUGGUAACUGCAUCUCAGCACGCUGGAAGUGUGACGGCUACAACGACUGCCAUGACAACUCAGAUGAGCUUGAAAGAGUUUGUGGUAAGAGAGGAGUUUCUGUCUUUAAACUGAGAAUGUUUUGAGUUCAGAAAGAUGGAUGAAAUCGAACAAAGCUAGAUAUAUGUAAAAACACAUGUAUAAAUAAAAUAAAAACAGUGUGAGAGCAGAUAAAAAUCAGAAACUCUCAUGCUGGGUUAAAAGCUGCGGUCAGCUGCAGUCCAACACCUUUAAUUUUCCUGUUAUUUUCCAAUAUUCCAAUAUAAAUCAGAUUAUAAUUUCUGAUGCACUACAGAAGAUCAAGAAGUCUCCACAAUGAUUGGCUUUUGCGACAAAAUGUCAGCAGAUUUAUAAUAUGACUAAUGACUUGUGAUCAAUCAAUACUAUUCAGACUACAGACGUAACAAGAUCCCUUAAAUCCAGGCUUCGGCCAACCACUUAACAUUGUUAUUGAGAAUUGAUAUCAUUGAUAUUAAGGCAUAAAAAUAAAUCAACACUUUGUCAUGUUUUCUUUCCCAGCCUUCCACACCUGUGCCGCCAUUGACUUCACCUGUGACAAUGGGCGCUGCGUCCCACUCAGCUACACCUGCGACUACACAAAUGAUUGUGGUGACAACAGUGAUGAGCGAGGCUGCCCCUUCCCCACGUGUAACCCUGCAACGGAGUUCACCUGUGCAAACGGACGCUGCAUCAAUGCAGGCUUUGUCUGUGACGGACACAACGACUGCCGCGACAACACCACCUCUGAUGAAAUCAACUGCCGUGAGUAAUGCUCAAGUUCUUCACGAUACUAUUGCGUUCAAUGAAGGUUUGAUUGUUCUUCUUUCAACAUCAUCGCUCCAACUGCAUUACUAGCUGUAAUUUAUCUCUUGUAUAAUCAUCAGACCUUUGUUUCAAAUCCUCCCUGUUUUUUUUCUUUUCUCUCUUCAGCUGAUCGAACAUGUCCUGCAGGCCAAGUCAAGUGUGAAAACACCAACAUCUGCAUCUACCCUGAAAGCCGCUGUGAUGGCUACAACAACUGUGGGGACAACAGUGAUGAGAAUCCUCUCUUCUGCGGUAGGUUCAAAAUGAAAUCUUUCUCCAAAACAGCAGGGUGGAGGUCAAGCUGGGUCACACAUUAAGUUUUAAAUUCUCUCACUGAGGAUGUCCAGUAGAUCUCCACACAGAUGCACGUAUAAAUCAGUUCAAAUGAGGAUUUUGUUUCUGUGUCACAGCUGGCCGUACCUGCUCUCCGGAUCAGUUCCGCUGCGAUAAUGGGAAGUGCAUCCCUGACUCUUGGGUUUGUGACGGCAUCCAGGACUGUAAUGAUCGCACAGAUGAGCCUUCCUCCUGUGGUGAGUACUGUACAUUUAUGUUUAAUGUUUCACUGAAAGACUUAAUGUGGAAAGCUCUUUUUGUUUUGCUAUGACUUCAUUGCUGGUACAGAUCAAACUUUGAGCUUUGUGGUAGCUGGACAGGUGAAAUUUACAUCUCUAAGAAAUGCCACCGCUUGCAUAGUUGAUCCUUUUAAAAUGACAGUUUGGAUCAUAGGAAGAAGCCGGGUGAGGGAAAAUUGGAAAGAGCUUCCAGGUGGACAUGUUCUUUAACGUUGUCUUAAAAGGAUAGCACAGUUUUACAUCAGGCACAGGCUAGUUCUCACAAAGUCUCAGAAAAAAAGCUGUUUUGAGAAACAAGAUAACAUGUCCGUGAUCAACAACAAAAUCCACUUAUCUCUUUUUUAAAAGUUUGUGCAGGUUUUGAAAGAGAUCCAACAGUGCAACAAGACACUGUGUGUGUUCAGAUCCUUCAAAUAAAUCAGUGAUGACAUGCUAAAUUUGUCUAUUUUUCUAAUAUUUGUUGCAGUUUUUUUUUUUUCUUUUUUGAGUGUCUGCAUGUUUUUUAAAUUAUUUUUCUUUGUAGAGGAUCAGAUCAGAACAUGCAGUCCCAGCCAGUUCACUUGUACCAAUGGAAACUGCAUCCCCCAGUCAAUGGUAUGUGAUGGCAACAAUGACUGCUGGGACAACAGUGACGAGGUUCCUGAACUGCAAUGUGGUAGGACAGCAAGUCAUGAUUAAUUGCUCACUGUUUGAUUACACUUUUCUAAACUUUAUCUCAUAUCUCAUCUGAAUUUUCUCUCCUUGCCCACUUCAUGUUUGUUUUUUUAAUCUUGAUAUGUAUUUUGUGCCAUAUCGUAAAUCCACUUCUCUCAUCCUCUCUCUGUCUCCUGCAGGCCAACGCACCUGCAGCUCCAACCAGUUCACCUGCCCAACUUGGCACCCCGGUCACCCUCGCUGUGUGCCAUUGAGCUUUGUGUGUGAUGGCGAGAAAGACUGCGCCAAUGCUGCUGAUGAGCUCCAGAAUUGCCCCAAUCGCACCUGCCACCUGAAUGAGUUUGCCUGCUCCAAUGGGCUCUGUAUCUUCCUCCCCUACCAGUGAGUACAAAGUAGGCAUUAGUCAUUUGUUUACAGUCUGGAAAACCAUGGAAACGGUCAUCUCCUUUUCCUCAGCUGUGAUCGUGUGAACGACUGCGGGGAUGGCAGUGAUGAACUGGGCUGUACCUAUGACACCUGCAGCAGCAGUCAGUUCACCUGUGGGAACGGAGCCUGCAUCCCUUCCUCCUUCACCUGUGACGGUGAGAGCGACUGUACAGAUGGCUCAGAUGAGGUGGACAGCUUGUGCAUCACACCGCAGCCCACUUGUGCUCCUCAACAGUACAUGUGCACUUCAGGGGAGUGCAUCGAUGCCAAUAAAGUGUGCAACGGGCUGAAGGACUGCCAGGAUAACAGUGAUGAAAAAGGCUGUGGUAAGAGAUGCAGAAAUUCAACAUUUUAUUACAAUAUUUGAGUUUGUCUAGAGGAAGAACUGCACUAGUUUUAAAUUUAUGUCAUCCAAUUUUUUAACUACAGGUUUCUAACAAACCACUGUGUGUUUCAAAAUCAUUCACUUACAUUAAAUAUGUAUGUCCUCUAUUUUAUGGUAAAGUUUUACUUCUUAUUUCUACGUAAAAGGACAUGUUAAACUUCAGUCUGCAGUCAAAAUGUUUGGAGUUACAACAAAAAGUUUCUUUAAAUUUUUUCAUUAGUUGAUUAUUCGCUUAAAGUUUCUGUGAAGAACUUUUAAGUUUUUAUUGAUCUCCAUGGGAUUUUACCUGGUUAAAGGUUAAAUAAAAAAACAAAUAAAAUAAAAAUCUAACAGAUUUGGAUUUGGAGAUGCAAAUCUAGCACUGACAAAACAUCUCCUUCCACUAUCCUCUCUCCAAACCCAUAGCAGUAUCGGUUUUUGCCUGUUAAGAGGAAGUUUUUCGUUACACUUGUGGUUAUUCUCUUCUUUUCUCUUUCUUCUGUUUAGGGGUGAAUGAGUGCCGCAGUCCAUCCGUCCACAAGUGUGCCCAGAUCUGUACCGACACCCUAACUAGUUACUACUGCUCCUGCUUCCCUGGCUACAAACUCAUGCCUGAUGGAAAAGCCUGCGAAGACCUUAACGAGUGCAUCAGCACACCGUCCGUCUGUAGCCAGAUUUGCGAGAACACUGUCGGCUCUUUCCACUGCAAAUGUGCACCAGGCUACAUCCGAGAGCCAGACGGACGCACCUGUCGUCAAAACAGCGGCAUCGCACCAUACCUGUUGUACACUAACCGCUACUACAUUCGCAAUCUGACCACUGACGGGUCACAACUGAGCAUAGUCCUGCAGGGGCUGUCCAACGUGGUGGCGUUAGACUUUGACCACUCUGAGAAGAGGUUGUACUGGCUGGAUGCAGGGGUUGGAAAGAUUGAGAGGAUGCGUUUUGAUGGGACUGACAGGGAGACAGUGGCGGAUGAAGAUGUGAGAGGAGCUGAAGGGCUGGCACUUGACUGGGUGGGCAGGUGUGUGAAAUGGGAGCAUUAUUGUCAUCACAGCUUCAUUUUUUAAAUACUGUAUACUUGAAUGGUUUAAUAAUUAAAAGCAUUACAAUACAUAGAUCUGCAUCUGUGAAUAGUGAAUCAGUGUGGCUGGAAAAAAACAGACAUAAACUUUGUGUAUCUCCUGCAGGAAGUUGUACUGGGUGGAUGGUUAUUAUGGCUCUGUUCAUGUGAUGGAGCUGGAUGGACGCUUCAAGAAGAGGCUCCUCUCAGGAGAUUUCACAGAUGGGAAUAAGACAUAUCUCAUCAGCCGACCUCGUGCUGUGGCUGUUAACCCAAAACUCGGGUACUGACAUCAACUUAAUACCCAGUAUGAUUGUUUUAUAAUCCUGUGUUUGGAUUUUCCCAUCCAUCUUGCCUUCUUUUUCCUGCUGUUUUAUUUCCCCCUCCCAGUUGGCUGUACUGGACUGACUGGGGUGAUGAAGCAUACAUUGGCAGGGUCGGCAUGGAUGGAACCAAUAUCAGUGCCAUCAUCUCAACAAAGCUGGAGUGGCCCAACGCCCUGACCAUAGACUACACUACCAACAAGAUCUUCUUUGCUGAUUCCCAUCUGAACUUCCUGGAGUGAGUCAAGUUGUCAAAUUGUUUGAGCAGCACUCAGAAGUCUUGUAUUUCUAUAAAAUAGCACCGGUGAGGUUCCUGCAAAUGUGUAUUAACCCUACCUCUUCUGAAACUUCAGCUUUGCAGACAUGGACGGCAAAAACCGCCAGCGGGCGAUUUCAGGUUCCCUUCCUCACGUCUUUGCAGUUUCCCUGUUUGAGGACUGGGUCUACUGGACUGACUGGAAUACACACACAGUUGAGAAAGCCCACAAAUAUACCGGCGAACAGCGCACAAUCAUGGGCAACAACACACAUCGUCCCUAUGACAUUCAUGUCUACCAUCCAUACAGGCAGCCCCGCAGUACGUACAUAAAAUAUAUAGUUGUUGUCUCUCUUCUAACUUAAAUAAACUGCAGCUUGGCAUUCACCUUGAUUCAUUUGAUGCUUUGACCUAUUUCCCAGGUGAGAACCCCUGCAGCUCACAUCACCUGACUUGCAGUCACUUGUGUCUGAUUGGGCCUGGUGGACAGCGGGCUUCCUGUCAAUGUCCUGAUAACUUCAUUGGCCUCAUGGUUGGCUUCAAGGUCCAGUGUGUCGCAGACUGUUCCAGCACCCAGUUCCGCUGUGGAGACAAUGAGAGGUCAGAUACAGAAAACUGAAUAAUUUAGGUUUUAUCCUGCAGUCUUUGAAUUGAAAUCUUCAGUUUUUCUAAAGCUGUAUUGAUCAGAGAAUUUACAUAAAAACAAAUCAAUGUCUAAAUAAACUGUUGAUUGACAAAAAUAUAUAAGACACAUAAACUUUGGUAACACUUUGCUUGACGCCUAUCUCUCUAACACAUUAUAAAUGUAUGAAUACUGUGUUAUAAUCCCAUUAUAGCACUGUAUAACUUUAGUUAUAAACACUCAUAAAUGAUCAUAACGCUUUAUAGCAAAAAUCACAACACAUUAUAAAACAUUUUAUCAUGACUAAUCAGGUCAGGUACGAUAAUGUGUUAUAAGUGUUAACAACUCACUGAUAAUGCCCACAUGGAUAAUGCAUUAUACAUAUAUUUAUGAUGUGUUAUAAUUUGUAUAAAAACUUGACAAGUUAUAAACACUCAUUAAUUAUCAUAAGGCUUUAUAACAAUAAGCAUAACACAUUAUAUUACCUGACCUUUUAAAUCAUGAUAAAGUGUCAUGAUUAUUGUUAUAAAGCAUUAUGAUCAUUUAUGAGUGUUUAUAACUAUAGUUAUACAUUUCUAUAACAUGGUUAUAAUGCAUUAUACAUAUAUUUAUAAUGUGUUAUAGACAUAAAUGCGUCAAAUAUAGUGUUACCAAAACUUCCAUUUAAUUAUGAGACGGAUUGUUGAUAUAUUUUUUUUUUUUUUACUGAGAAUCAAAUCCAUAACAACUCAAUUUCUACAUCAAGAUGAACAACAAGAGAUUAGAGCUAGAUAACAGAAUCCACUAGUAAAAAAAAAGAUGGGAAGAUGUUCGACUGCAAAAUAAACGUGUGCGUAUAUUAUAUGUAUAAUGUAUAAAAAAUAACUACCCUCACUGAAGUGUUUUUUCUGCCCUCAAAUUCAGAUGUAUUCCUAUUUGGUGGAAGUGUGACGGUCAGUCAGAUUGUGGCGAUGGCUCAGAUGAACCUCAGACUUGCCCACCCCGUCAUUGCCCCAUUGGACAGUUUCAGUGCCAGGACGGUAACUGCACCUACCCUGGCUUCCUCUGUGAUGGACACGCUGACUGCCCUGACAGAUCAGACGAGGAUGCCGCUCUUUGCAGUAAGACACUAAUAUGCUCUAUAACAGUGAGAAAAAAACUUGGAUUAGGGAAUGAUUGCUUUUUAAAAUACACCAUUAACUGGUAAAUACUGAGUUUUGCUGGAUGUGCAUCGCCCUCUAGGUGACCACAGAUGCCAGGAAAAUGAGUACCAGUGUAAAAACAAACAGUGCAUCCCUGUGUCUUGGCACUGUGAUGGAGUAAAUGACUGUUCGGAUGGCAGCGAUGAGGACUCUGAGACUUGUGCUGAGAAGACCUGCCAACCAGGGCAGUUCCAGUGUGCCAAUGGUCGCUGUGUGCCGUCUAGUUAUGUGUGCGAUGUGCAAGAUGACUGUGGGGAUGGAUCAGAUGAACCGUUUGAAACCUGCAGUAAGUGGGACAUAAAGAAAUGGCUUUUUAUUUGAUCAAAUCCAGGAAGUAACUAAAGAGAGACAAUAAAACUAUCAAGACUCAAGCCAAGCAAUCCUUUUUUUUUCUCUGGAUCAUUUCUGUCUUCUUCUGUUUUUCACCAGUGUUUUCGUUUCUCUUCUGGACUUUUUCUAGGAGGUCCAGAAUACAAGUGUGAUGAGGAUACUGAGUUCUCCUGCAAGACCAACUACCGCUGUAUUCCCCAGUGGGCCCGCUGUGAUGGCACCAAUGACUGCAUCGACAACAGCGAUGAGCAGGGCUGUGGUGGGUGCUGCUUGUGCCAUCACAUGUGAUAUCAGAUUUUUUUAAGUGUGAUCAUUUGAGUUUAUCUGUAUCUAUCUAUCCAUUUUACUUUUCUCCAUCACCACAUGUUGAAUUAGCCUUUAAAUCAGAUUUUGUCUUAUAACAGAGCAAGUAACCUGCGAUCCACUGGGAGAUUUCCGAUGUGACAACCACCGCUGUGUCCCUAUUCGCUGGCAGUGCGAUGGCACCAAUGAUUGUGGUGAUGGCUCAGAUGAGAGGAACUGCCGUGAGUGUCCAGAUCAUAAAUUUUUACAUCAUUCCUUCACAAAUCAGUCUUAGUAACUGUACACAUAAGCCAGUGUUAAACAUUUCUUGGUGUUUCUGUCAGUGGAUUUCAAGAGGAGAAGAAAACAACUUAUCUUUUCUAGAACACAUGGUUAGCUGCACUUGCACAGAGAUGUCAAGUAAGAGGAAACUGUGAAAAUGUGACAGAUGGCAGCUGGAUCAUGUCAAAUAGAUCAUGCUCCGUCUGCUUUUGCUCUCCGUACAGACUGUUGGACAUGCUGACAGCUGAUAGCUCAAUACUCCUCUGACUUCUAACAGAAAUCAGAACACUUCCCACAUCAAAAUCAAGACCCCUGAGUAGAGAUGAUAAAUUUGAUAAAUGAGAUGAUAAACCUUGCGGUGGUGUAACGCCGUGGAUAUUUGUGUCUCUCUUUUACGAUUGCAGAGCCGAGGCCUUGCUCUGAAAGUGAGUAUCGAUGUGACAACGAGCAGUGCAUCCCUGGAAACUGGGUGUGUGACCAUGACAACGAUUGCGGGGAUAACUCAGAUGAGCGGGACUGUGGUGAGUAGGCACAGCACAGAGAGGUACUACCUUGAAAUAUCCUGUCAUAAACAACACUCACCCACACUUCACCAUCCUGGCUGUCUUCCAGAACUACAGACAUGCCGUCCUGGUACUUUCCAGUGUGACUCAGGUCACUGUAUCCCCGCUGCUCUGCAAUGUGACGGCCGGGCUGAUUGUCAGGAUCUGUCAGAUGAAACUAAAUGUCGUGAGUACACAAUAUAAAAAGUAAUGGCUUGUUGCAGUUGUCAAUUACUUGUGCUCCUUAUUUGAUAAUAUAUAUAUUUGUCUAUGUAUAGAGAGAAUGUCUGUAUUUGUUAGUAAAUACAUUUUUUCCUCCUCGGCCUUAUAAUUUUUUUUAAAUUUUACAUAAUAAAAGUAGACAAACAGCACAGACAGUUAAGCAGGUUUUGAAUUGUUUAAUCCAGCUGCCUUCAUUACCCCCCAGAAAAUGUAUGCUUCAAAACACUCAAAAACCUUUAGUUUUUAACCAGAAUGACUUGAUGAUAACUAUGAAAAGCUAUUGAACGAUAAGUUUGAAUUUAAUCUUUGACAAGUGCUCUGUGUAUUAGGACUUGUAGUAGUCUAGGCCUAUAGCUGUCCAUCAGAAGUUUCAUUCAGGUCUUGAAAAUGUUAUAUCCUGCUCUUUCCAGACAUUUUCCCCUGUUUUUUCUUGACCACCUUGUAUUUAAUAAAAGCUUAAAAUUGUCCUUAAAAAAAAUCCCAGAUCCCAGAAUUUGCUGAGUAAAACCUCCGGUAGGGCUCCAGCUUUUAGGGUUGGAGCGUCAACAUGACCUCUUAACCCUCACAUACUGUUCGGGUCAAAUUUGACCUGUUUUGACUUUUCACAGCAGUAAAAAUACCCUAAACAUAAUUUUUUAAGCCUGAAACUUGACGACUUUUCCUGAAGUUGCCCAAAAUACAUGAAAUUAAUUUAAAAAUAUUCAUGUGUAUUUUUGUUUAUGUGCUACAAGUUUUUCCCCUCUAAGGCUGUUACGGGUCAAAUUUGACCCAUAUCUAUAUUUAGAUGGAUUUUACAUCUAGCAGUGUGGGACAAGUGACAAACCGUAACAACAGUGUUCAAUAUAAGGUUUGUUGUUCAAAAAGAUAUAUUCAAAUUAUUAUGAAACUACCUUGACAGAAACACACACGCACGCACGCACACAGACAUACAGUCACACAGACGCACCUAGACAGAGGUCAAAAUGACCUAACUAGUCAAGAGAACUUUCUGUGACAGAAAGCUGCUCUUUGAACUCUUUGAAGAGGCAAUUUUGACCCGGAACCUACUGUGAGGGUACAGGAUUUGAACAGUAUGUGAGGGUUAAUGUAAAGACUGCUGACAUCAGGAUUAACUUUGUUUUCCCCUCUCACAGCUACCCGUUUCCCAGGAGGCCGCUGGUGCCCCCUGAGCCAGUUUGAGUGUGCCAACCACCUGUGUGUGAGCCAGAGUUGGGUGUGUGACGGCACUGAUGACUGUGGAGACCGCUCAGAUGAACAGCUCAGUUUAUGCUGUGAGAAUUAAAUCUUCUGUUUGGUUUAAGUUAGUGAUAUGCUUAGAUAAUGUCGUAUGUUGGUCUAAACUCUGAUUUGUGUUUGUUUGCACAGUAAACAUCACCUGUGAAAUGCCAGAUAAGUUCCGCUGUGCUAACGGAUACUGUGUCUACUCUGGCCUGUUGUGCAAUCAAAAGGACGACUGUGGAGACGGCAGUGAUGAGAAGGAGGAACUUUGUAUGAGUCACACAAACUUAACAACACAAUUCCUCAGUUAAAGCAUUUAUUCUUUGAAUCAGAUCCCCUCAAAGGAAAACACCUUUGCAUUUUAUCAAAUCAACUGCACAGAUGUCUAGAUGUCUAGAUGAAUAACUAACAUAAAAACAGCAGAAAUAUAUUCCUUUCAACUGUAGCAAGCUGCCAUCUUGGCUCAUUGUAUCCCAUAUUUCUGGACGCUAGAAUAAAUGAAGUUGUGAUUACAGGUGAAGGUGUCAGUGAUAGAGCUCUACAUACUGAAGCCUACCUAAGAUUCUUGUUUAAAAGCAAUGUUUACUGUUUCUAAGCAAAUGCUGUAUAACUAACCAGUCAAGAAAAAACAAGACAACAACAAAAAACAGUAGUGCCAAGUCUCUGAGUUACAGUUUGUCAUUUGCAGACACCUGUAUAUCAUGCAUUUAGACUAAGUAGAGGUGGAUGAUAAUCAAAUUUACUGGCCAAGUAAACAUGCACACAUUUGAGUCAAGUUGCUUCAAAGUUAUGAACCCUGCACCAUUGCCAUGGAAACAAAUGUCCAAACCAGUACUGAAUGUAGUCUCUUAGUCGCUGCCUCAUCAACCCCUUUAGAACUCAAAUUUUUCAGAGCCUGCUUUCUACAGUUAUAACGUAGGCGGACUGUUCGUGGAGCAGAAUGACGAAACCAACUUUUUUCAUGGAGUUCAUGUAAAACAGAUUAUCUAACAUCUACAAACUACAGGGAGCUGCGUGAGGAAAAGACAUCUAGUUGUUACAGAAGAGAGGCUGAUAUUGAUAGAAACUCUAAAAGCUUUUCGAGAAGUUGUGAAAAAGUAGUUUAUUAUGAUUGUAAGUCAGAUGAGGUUAUUGUCAGUGUGUGUCUCGGCAAGUUUAAAUGGUAACAAACAAAGCCAGACAAAAACAAUGAGUCAACAACUAACAAAUAACUUCCCAAGCAAACAUUCAAGAGUUACAGUGAAAGUAUUUGGGCCAGGCAGAUACAAACAGGACAUGAAAAUAAGCCUCACAUUUAAAAGACAGAUACUUUGUCUAGACAUUUCUAAAUGAGUUUAUACUGCAAAAAGAUCUUUAAAUUGAACAUUUUAUGAUCUCUCUCUUUUUAAUCAUAACCAUCAUCAAAUUUGCGUUGCUAGUCAUCGGUUUCUGAUUCAUGUAGGAUUAAUCUAAACAACACUAAUGCCCAAUGAACUCUACCCCUGUGUAAGGCCUGCAAAAUGAGAAAUCCCAAAAUGACAUCAGUAUAUCUGCUCAGGAUACAAAACUGAAAUGUACAAGGGAUAAGGAAGUAGUCUGGUUUAUGGAAUUGUUACACAAUCAGCUUACACAUCAAUCAGAGCAAAUUAUUUUGAGAGGAGAUUAAAUAGUUGCUGGACAUUGCCUAGCUCAUCUAAAUCCAUUUGUUAUCAGGGAGGAGGCAGUGAAGAAAAAUCACAGGGGAAGCUCAGGAGAAGCCUGAGAUGGAAGAGAAGAGAUAUAGGAUUGCAUGUUGUUAUACAUGUCAGACUUCAUUGUGCUUGGGGUUUCUUCGUCUGCCAGUGUCGCUCUCUCCUUUUUCAACACCCCAGUCUGAGCUCCUCAAUAUUAGACAGAGUUUGAGGCAGACAGGUUACACACCCACCAACCUUCACCCUGUGUUUGCACUGAUGACUCAUUCUAACUUUUCCUUCCUCAGGCCGCGAGCCCACGCUGCCUCCCUGCACACUGGACGAGUUCAAAUGCACAAAUGGACACUGCGUGGCCUUGCCCUACGUCUGCGACCACAACGACAACUGUGGGGACCGCACGGACGAGUUAGGCUGCAGUGAGUAGCAGGACUGAACAAUAUUCUGUAUCAUACAAGAGGUAGCAGGUUGCACUGUUGGACUGUGCCGCAGGCUCAGUGCCAAUGACAAUCACAGCUGUCCAAAAUGUUUCUGAAGGAAAAAGAGCCUUCAGAACUUUUUCGAUGUCAUCACAUAACCUUUCAGUAAUACCCUUAUGUUUGGAAACACCUGGAUCUCUUGAGGCAAAGCUUUCAGAUUUAUUAUAUUCAAGAAAGCUAAAAAUUAAAUCAUAAAGAUUACACAUGAGCAGAUACAAGACUUCAUCUGUGCGUUCUACUCACUCGAAAAGAAAAGAGUUUUUUUUGUACCAGAUAUAGCAAAUGAUUAUGACAAAUAUUCCCUUUUGUUCAAAAAGCAUCUUCCGCUGUUUAACAGGUGUACUCAUAAUAACUCCAUAUCCUGUAAUUACCACUUAUCUAUGCAUUUAUCCAUUUCGCACUGCUCAUUUUUAGACCUAAUCAUCACUUGGCAUCUCAUGAUUAUUAGAAAUGCUCUGGAUCUCAUAAUUAUGAGAUGUAAGUGUGUGACCUAAAAUUAACAGAACAUUUUCACAGCAUAGAAAAGAAAUACAUUUGGAGACAAUUUUCUGACAUUAAUGAUGGAAACAAUGUGAGUAAAUGGGGUGUUUGACUCUGUUCUUCAAGCCUAUAAACGUGUGUGGAUUUAUUUGUGGACACAUGAAACUGAUUGAUUGUGGUUAGACACCGGGAUAUUUGUCCGUAGUGUUUUUCUGCUGCCCAUGUAAAGAUGUAAAGUUAUUUUUUUGGUUAAAUCAAAUGAAAGCAGUUUAUAUUUUUGAGGGAAGCUUUUUCUAUUUGCUGAGAAAUUGGUUUGCCCUCCUGAAUCCAGAUUUUGGCCAAGACCGCAACUGUGAGGAGAAACUGUGUCAACAUGAGUGCACCAACCUGAACGGUACAGGCUUUAUCUGCUCUUGUAAACCUGGAUACAGAGUGAACCCAGACAGCACCUACUACUGCCUUGGUAAACACACACACACACACACACACACACACACACACACACACACACACACACACACACACACACACACACACACACACAUAGAGCUGCAUGACCUAUUCAAAAACAGUUACCAGUCCAGUUUGAGGAGUUCCAUAAACAAAACAUGAACUUCUUGCUCAUUUAGAUAUCGACGAGUGUGAGGUGUUCGGCACCUGUCCUCAGGUCUGUAAGAACACAAAGGGCAGCUAUGACUGUGAGUGUGCGCCUGGCUACAGGAGAGUGGGCAACGGCGACAUGUGCGAGGCUCAAGGUGAGAGACGUUUUUUAUUUAGACAAGAGCAACAUAUUUAAGAACUUUUAUCCUGUUCUGACAUGAUAGGGAUUCUGUGCACACAAAGUAAUAACUUGUUCCCACAAGAUAAUUAUGUUCUACCCCAGAGAACAUUAUCUAGUGUUCAGUCUCACAACAUCUAGUAAGGCUGUGAUUUAAUAUAUGGUUUAUCAAAAUAACUAAAUACUGAACCUUUUAGCACAGUAGCACCAUGGUCUCAUGCAGGAUGUUGAAGCCAUUGUGCAAGAAACUGAAAACAAGCAAGCUAACUUUUAGGGGUGGGAGGAAAAAUCAAUUUACAUAAGUAUCACAAGUUUUUGUUUUACAAUUUUUAAAUUGAUUAUUAUGUUCAAAAAUCUUUUUUCUUUUUUUUUCAAAUUUAAGAAUAAAUCUUAAAAACUGACCUACAUGUGAUGUGUUUUUUGGGGGGGAAAUAUGGUUCCUGGAAUAGUCAGUAGACAAUCAUAAUCAUUCAACUUUUUCACUGGUGUUAAAAAUGGAGACUAAAAUGAAGAAAAACAACAAUAUCGUAGAAUCGCAAUUUAAAUUGAAGCAGCAUCCAAAAAAUCGUAGAAGAAUCGCAUCAGGCCCUUGUGGCUCAGGCUAGCUUCUGCUGCUCCUGUUUUUCUCCUCAGCUGUUGAGUUUAACUUCACAUAAUGAUCUGUGUUCCUUAUUUUAGUGUGGACGACCAACUGCUCUUCCACAGUAGUUUUUUGAACUGAAUGGAUUUGUACAGGACGACCAAAUAGCAUUGUACUCUAUUCCUUAUCACUUUAGUUGUAGACUAAAUGAAGGUCUGUGUCUCUCUCAGGAGCAACUCCCCUGCUGCUUCUACCUGAGAAUAUUCGUAUUCGGAGGUUCAACCUGCAGACAGAGGCCUACCAUGACUUCCUCAAAGAAGAGGAGCACAUCAUGGCUCUGGACUACGAUUGGGACCACAACAACACCGGCUACAGUGAGAUACACAUAAAUGAAUCAAGCGUGAAGAUCGCUUUUAUCCAUGAAAUUCAAAAACAACAGGUCUUAUGAAGGAGGACUUUGUUUGAUGAUGUUCUGGUGUUUGUCAGGUAUGGUGUACUACACGGUGGCAGGUAAGGACUCCAUACCAGGAGCAAUUAAGAGAGCGUACAUACCUUCAGUGGAUGAUGGCAGCAACAACAUUGGAGCAGCUGUUGAUCUCGACAUCAAAUACAUCACCAGACCAGAUGGUAUUGCUGUUGACUGGGUGGGCAGGUGGGUUUGUGGACCUGAAGAGCUGUCCUGUUGAGACAAAAAAAAAAGAAACUAAAUAAAACUUUCCAUGUGUCAGAUUGGACCCUGUGAAUACUUUUGUAAUUGUCUUGGUCUUUAGAAACCUUUACUGGGCGGACUCCAGGUUGAGGAGGUUAGAGGUGGCUAUGCUGGACGGGCGCUACAGGAAGCAUCUAGUCAAGACUGAGCUGGGACACCCAACUGCUGUGGCUGUCAACCCAAGACUGGGGUGAGACAGACACCUGAUUAUAAAGACAAAAAACACUUUGACUCAGAUUUCUAAUGCCCGCUUUGUUUCUUCAGGAUGUUGUACUGGGCGGAUCGAGGAGAUGUAGCUAAGAUUGAGUGUUCUUGGCUGGAUGGUCAGGAGAGGAAAGUUCUGGUGGCUAAUGGCCUGGGUUGGCCAACUGGUCUGUCAAUCGACUUUACCAACGGGGACAGAAUCUACUGGUCAGAUUCCAAAGAGAGCCGCAUAGAGUCAGUUCUGCCUUCAGGAGAGGACCGCAGAACUGCGGUCUUCAUUGGUGAGAAUUCAGAAAUCAUUUUUUGAUUCAGUUUCUUCUACAUGUUCAACUAUCUGGUUUCCAGUAUUCAUUUGAACUGUAGUGGGUUUUUUCAGCUGUUCACAUUUUGUUGCCUAGAUGUUAGAAAUCCAUUAAGUGUGAGCGUGUUUGAGGACCAUGUUUACUGGAGCACUGAGGAGAAAGGGGAGGUGUUUCGGCAGGACAAGUUUGGCCGCGGAGUCAAGACCAAGCUACUGACUGUUGGGCCUUGGCUCACCCAGAUCUCUGUGUACCAGCAGCAGCGAUACAACUCCAUUGGCAGUAAGCUGCACACCCAUACACAUAUUUAAAGCAUGUACUUUGAUGUACAUAUAAGGCUUUCCUGUUUGCAGCACAUCCAACUCCUAUCAAAAUGUUUUAAUUGCAGGUUUUGUUUGACUUUUUAAAAUAAAAGUCUCAGUACAGCUUUUUCCCAUUUCCACAGUGAAGAACCCAUGUAAAGGAUCCUGCAGCCACCUGUGUUUGCUCCGACCAGGAGGUUAUACCUGCGCCUGCCCCGAGGGCACCAGCUUUGUCCCAGGAAGCAGCACUGAAUGUGAUGCAGGUAGAGAAACAGACUUUUCUAUUACUCCAGUGUGAGACAAACAUAUAUUGUAUGGGACCUUGAAUGCAGCAGUCUCUGUGUGAUGACGUCCAACAAAACAAACAUUAAAUUUAAAAAUGACAUUAUAAAAGUCCUCAGAGUUCAUUCAGAAAAAAAAAGAAUUAGCACAAACCUACGUACUCUUGAGAAAUAAAAGACAACAAAGAUUUCUUGUAAACCUGCAAUUUGACCACAUGUCCAACUAAGAGACCCUUUUUAUUCUGUGUUUUUAUUUUCAAAAAUGACUAAAGGGUUUGAUCCUCCGCCCACCAUGCCCCCACCAUGCCUGUGUCUGAAUGGCGGCACCUGCUACUUUGAUGACAACAAGGCUCUUUGCAUGUAAGACAGAAAUUUAAAAUUGAAUUCAUACAGACAUGUGUUUAACAACAAAAAAAGGCUUGAAAAGUUUAAAUCUGCAACAAAUUAAAAGGGUAAAGACUCUGCUUUCAGGCCUGCAGUAAAACCUCAAAUAGUGACUCAAAGAUAAAUUCAUUUUACAGUGAGAAUAAUGAGCAUAAUAGUUUGAAAUUUUAACCUCUUAUUUUUGUAUUUUGUUCUCAGAUGUCCCCCAGACUGGCAGGGAGAUUAUUGUCAGACAAGCACAUCCAGCCUGGUUGCAUCCUCAAGUAAGUGUUUAUUUUACAGCCAAAAAGGACAACAUCAGCACAUUCUGAGCUGUUUUCAUAUGAUCAGCUUUAUGCUUAUUUACAAGCUGCUUUUGCUUUGUCUGCUUGUCUCAGUUGGUAUUGCACUUGGAGUGACAAUAUUGAUCGUAGCUCUGCUGGGGGCUCUGGUCUAUGCAGCCCAGAAAAAGCCCAACCUGCUGGGGACGCUACGCAGUAGCAUGCCCAGUAUGCCCUCUAUGCCUUCAAUGCCAUCCAUGCCAAACGUCCCGAGCUUCAGGUAAAGAGAGGGAGAGUGGUAGAGAGAGAUAGAAAAAGAGAAAAAAAAGCUCUGUUUUUGACCAGCAAAACCUUCUACUGCAAAAUAUGACCAUAGUUAAAGCAAACGGCAUGUUUUCAAUCACUUCUCUCAUUUAAAGGGGUCUCCUAUCUCAGUGUGUGUCAAUAUAUGCUCUGAAUCUUGUGUUUUUUGAUUUCUUUUAGAAAUGGCGUAUCUCCAAAUGCAUCGAAAGUAAAUGGAACUGAAACUGUGAUGAAUACUGAAGCGGUUAGUAACAAAACAGAGAGAUUUUUUAUUAAUGUGUUGGUUUUAUUUAUACUGUUGCGUCUUUCAAUGCUCCUUGCCCACUCUCUGUAGCCUUGCAGGUUUUUCAAUACAUGCACCAAAAAAGUUUGGGAUAUAAAACACAGAGUGCCAGUAGAUGUGGGUUUAUUCAUACUCAAAAUAAUUGAGAUCCUACUUUUCACAGCAGCAACAGCAUUUUACUAAGAAAUAACUAUGUAAACAUCCAAAGUAGUAAAAACACAAGAGAGGCAGCAGUAUCGAUCAAAACAAUUGGUUAUUCCAAUAACCAAAGAGCUGUCUUAAUGCUCCCUUGUCUGUUUUCAGGUCCCUUGUAUGUCCGUGUCAAUGGUGGACUCAGAGGGGAAGAGUUUUGAGAACCCGUCAUAUGAUGCUGAGGGAAAUCUGGCCGCUCAAGGUGCAGUGACAAACACCUCUGCUCAUGAUGGAGAAGCUAAGGUCAGUGCUCACAAACCUCUGCCUGUCUGCACAGUUCAUUGAUUCUGCUCCACCUGCUGUUGCUGAAAGGCUGGCUGCAUAUUUUUGACCUACUACAUAGCAACAGUUUCAGACUGUACACCAUAAGGUCCUAUUUUUAGAAAAACAAUAAUAAACUUGUUUUUAGCUAAAUUAGAUUAGAUUCAACUUCACACCUCAGGUCAUUUUCUAUAGUAGAUGGGACGACUGAAGAGAGACAGGAAAUAUUGAAGCAGAGAGUGCAGGGUGGAGGCACCGAUCCUGCCAGGUCAUCAUCACCUCCACCUUUAGUCUUUAUUAUCUUGCUGUUUUAAAAGACUGUAUGUUCGCUGAUCUCUUCAUUAAUAAUUUAUUAAUUUUGAUUAUUUCCAGUCUAAAUCAUCAACAACAUUUUUAUUGAUGGAGAUAUAAUUUGUUCUAAUUUAUAAUUCUAAUUUGUUCUUCCUCAGGAGUGCAUUGAUAAUCCUCUGUAUGUGGAAGAAGUUCAGGUCGUAGACACGCCCACCAGAAGUGCCGACAAACCUGUUUCUGCCAGCAAGGUCGGCUUCUUUUUUUAUAUCAAUAUUUAAUGUAACUCUAAAAGAUUUGGUUACAUCUAAUAAGUAUGUACAGUCUUUGCUCUUAAAUGUUGACCGCACUGAUGGAAAUGUGGAGAAUAAAAAGUGAUACUGCAUGAUACAUGUCGUUGACUGUAAAAUUCCCCGAAUGCAGCUCAACUUUCAGCUUUUUCUUUUUCUUUAGGCUUUUGUUGAUGUUUUUUUCUACCUGGUGUUCAUUUCAGGGAGCUUUUGAGAACCCGGCAUACAGCUCAGACUCAGAUGAUGUUGAAGUCGCUGCUGCACAACCACCAGCUUCAGAUACACAGGUAGCCAUGGAGACUAACUUCAGAGUGCUAACAGUCAGUUUUUCUGUUUAACAUUUUGAAAAAUGACUAAUUUUUUACUUUGGUUGUUUGAAAUUUUUCUCUUUUUCAGCUGUUUGAACCCAUUGUAGAUGAUGAUUUGGCAUCUUUCAAAAAUCCAGCAUACACAGUAAGUCCACAAUGA